UGACGUUACUAGAGCACUAGAAGACCAAGGACAUGAUAACUAGUUGUGGUUUUUCUUCGAUAUUUUUGAAAGAACUGCGGGGACAUGGGUUCACAGAGGGCGGUGAUGGUUAUUUUCAUACUUAUGUUUGUCCUGUUGGUCGUAGAGGACGGGGCAAAUGCGAUGUCGACCACCGAAAGGAAAGAGCUGAAAGAGAAAGUUUUAGAGAUGUUUAAUCAUGCUUUUGAUUCCUAUAUGAAUUAUGCCUUCCCGUAUGAUGAACUGAUGCCCCUGAGCUGUAAGGGGAGAAACCGGGGAACGGAGCCCAGUAGGGGGGACAUUGACGACGCACUAGGAAAUUUUACUCUAACCCUGAUAGAUGCUCUAGAUACACUUAUAGUAUUGGGUGAUUUGGAGGGAUUUGAGAAAGCUGUGAAAAAUGUGAUCAGAGAAGCAAGAUUUGAUAGUGACAUCGUUGUGUCUGUGUUUGAAACGAACAUACGAGUAUUGGGGGGGUUACUAGGAGCUCACUGUGCAGCAGCUUUCCUGAAGAAGAAGCGUCAAGGGAUGAUGUGGUACAACGAGGAGCUGUUGCUCAUGGCAAAGGACGUGGGGCAGCGACUUUUGCCGGCCUUUAACACCAGUACCGGCAUGCCCUUCCCCCGUGUGAACCUGAAGUACGGCUUAGCUAAGACGGUUGCUCGUACAGGUCAUGAGAAGGACACCUGUACUGCCUGUGCAGGAACCAUGAUACUAGAGUUCGCUGCCUUGAGUAGAUUGACAGGGGACCCUGUCUUUGAGGAGAAAGCGAGGAAAGCGAUGGAUUUUAUCUGGCGUCAGCGGCACCGCUCCACAGACCUGGUGGGGACGGUCAUCAAUAUACACAGUGGAGACUGGGUCAGAAGAGACAGUGGAGUUGGUGCUGGCAUCGACUCCUAUUAUGAGUAUGUGUUAAAGGCUUACAUUUUACUGGGAGAUGACACCUACCUGGACAGGUUCAACAAGCAUUACGAUGCAGUGAUGAAGUACAUCAGUCAGGGGCCAUUGCUGGUAGAUGUACAGAUGCACAAACCUCAGGCUAACUCCAGACAUUAUAUGGACUCCUUACUGGCCUUCUGGCCAGGCUUACAAGUAUUAAAAGGCGACAUUCGCCCAGCAAUAGAAACCCAUGAGAUGCUCUACCAAGUCAUGCAAAGACACAACUUUCUUCCAGAGGCCUUCACUACAGACUUCCGCGUACACUGGGGACAGCAUCCACUCAGGCCAGAGUUUGUCGAGUCUACUUACUUCCUCUACAAGGCAACUGGUGACCAUCAUUACUUGGACGUUGGGAAAAAAGUGAUGGAGAAUUUGGAAGAGCAUGCCAGAGUUCCUUGUGGAUUUGCUGCCAUCAGAGAUGUGACGAAGGGCUCACAUGAAGACCAGAUGGACUCAUACGUGCUGGCGGAGACAUUCAAGUAUCUCUACCUGUUGUUUGCUGAGAAGGAUGAUUUGUUGUUUGAUGUUGACGAGUUCUUGUUUACCACAGAGGCUCACUUGUUGCCUCUGUCAUUAUCUAUUGUUAACAAGACAACACCGGGCUCCUCUCCCAUUAAGAUUACCAGGGCCAGUUACAUCCUGAAGUCAUCAGACGAGGAGGGUCUAGAGUCUACCCCAGAUGACGAGGAUAGUGAGGAGGGGUUCCACAACACGUGUCCCAACACACAGUAUUUAUUUCCUGAUGAUCGUAACUAUGCAGACUCCCUGAGGAAAUCCCUGAAGGACAUGGUGGAGACAGUUUGCCCCAAGCCAAAGAGGAAUAUGGAUCGACCACGACUGCGUGCUAUCAACUUCAUUGCUGGUAACCGCGAGCAACUGGAGGCGCUGAGGAGGAUGGGAAUCCGGCUGGUCACCAUGUCGGACGGUCGAGUCCAGCUUCUUCACACAGCAUCAGAGGCAGCCACAGCCCUGGAUGCAGAGGAAGGCAUGUUGUUCAUGCAGGAAAUGAUUGAACUGUCCAAACACCAGCAGCAUGAAGCUCAACAUGAGCCCCUGUUGAUACAGGUGGUGUUCCCCGAUGAGAUUGCUCACCUCCAGCUGUCAGCGGGGCCCGCUCAGUUUGGGGUUGAUCUAAAAACCGCCCCACCGCUGAUGGGAUCAGUUGGUGUUACCAAGCCGUUUAAGGGGUGUGGCCCUGUGGAGAACCCUGAUGACCUGUAUGGGCGAAUUGCUAUCCUGGAGCGUGGAGACUGCAUGUUCAUUGACAAGGCUAGAAAUAUCAUAAAGGCAGGAGCCAUUGGAGGCAUUGUAAUAGAUCAUAAUGCUGGCUCCAGCAGUGAGACAUCCCCUCUGUUUGCUAUGUCGGGUGACGGCAAACAAGACGUCCAGAUACCCAUGGUGUUCCUGUUCCACAAGGAUGGCACAGAAUUACUGGAGGCCUUACAAGCUCACCCUGAAAUGGAGGUUAUCCUGACGUAUAAGCCAAUACCAAAAGCUGAUGGUGAAGAAGCUCCCAGUGAGGAAAUUCAUGUCGAUGGUAAGGCACCUCCAGGACACCCAGCCGGGCCUGAAGGAAAGCGUGAAGGAACGCCGAGCCAAGCAGGCAAUGCAGAAGAGCUCACAGACAGCGAGUGGGUUGAGAUCAAACCUGGAGCAGGUCCUGAUGAGGCCAGCUCACAGACGACCUCAGGCAAAUACAAGAUGAAGGUUGGCUCCAACGACCUUCACAUGGAGGUCAAGGUUAUCACCCGUGGCAACAAGGGAUCGGCCAAGGGAAAUUUGGAUGAUGACGUCAUCAAACUAGUCAGCAAUGAGGAUGGCAGCAAGCAGCUGUCAUUUAAGUUCGAUCAGUUGAUGAAAGACAGCAAUCUGAAAGGGAAGCCUUUGCUGAAUCAGUUGUAUGUGGAACUAGUCCGUGUUCUUCAGGAAAGGACGAAUUUUAGCCACCUUGAAGGGCAAGCGGACUAUCUGCUGGCCCUUGCCAGACUGCUUGAGGCAGCCUACUUUAACCUGAACAAUGUAGACAAUGAAGCCAGGAUCUUAUUCCAGCAGCUGGCAAAGGAGCUGGAAAUCCUUCCUCCUGGGGAGAGGAAUGAGAUGGACAGUGAGUUCCAGUCAGAGUCCAAACGGGGUGGAAUCAGAGAACUUUCCCCAGAGGAGCAACACGAGGAGCAGAAAAUGGCCGAGGAGUUGGGACUGGACCUCGCGUCCCAAGCCGAUCCCAAUCACCAUGACCAUGUGGCAGAGCGCCAUGAGAAAAAUAAAUACCUCAAAACCGUGCCCCGUGGCGAGGAAGGAGGGGUUGGUGCAAUAUUGGGAAAGGACGGUGUCUUGUACAUACCUGACGAUACCCAUGCUCAGACCGCUGACUCAAAGUCAGAUGGUCAAAGACCUGACUCCAUAAAAUCAGAUGGCCAGAGAUCUCACUCUUUAAAGUCACAUAUCGAUGGCCAAAGAUCUGACUCUAUAAAGCCAGAUGGCCAAAGGUCUGACUCUGUAAAGUCAGAUGGCCAAAGCUCUGACUCCAAGUCAGAGAACCAAAACUCUGACUUUGCUCAAAGGACAGGUGCCAGUAGUAGUGAUGUUGAUGCCAAAGCACAAAGGACUUCUUCGCCAAACAAGGAAGGUGACUCCUCUUGAUCUGUGUGUAAAUUAUACAGUUUUAUGGAGGUUAGUGUGGGAGGGGUUAAUAGUGGGCUAUCUGGAGGGGUUGAUCUGCCGGCUGUCAGUCAAGCAUGAGUGAUGGAUUUUCAUCCAGCUUUUAUGGUCAUUUUUAUUUUCUGAUGGCAAUAAUGCUACUUCAUAUUUUUAAUUUCAGUGUAUUAAAAGCCUCUCCAUAUGAUGAUGGUUAGGAAUGUAAGCAUAGUUUCACAAGGUUAUUAUCAGCUAUUUAAGUUGAUUGUAAUGACCUUGGCAACUUAAUGUCUUUAGCAGGUUUUGCUAUGAUAGUUAUAAAUUCACUUUAAUAUGGGCUAUGGUAACUUUGGUAACCAUCAGCAAUGGGCAUGAAUUUAACAAAAGAUGUACAAAUUUCUGAAAAUUAUGCUGAUAUAUAUGUAAAUUGUUGUCCACACAGCAGUUCAAACCAUGGAAAGUGGAAACUGUCUGGACUUUAUUCAAGUUUUGAUACGGUGAUUAGGGAUUUAGAGAGUUUUACAUUGGAUUAUUGAAGAUCAAUCUCACUUUUUGAUGAAUGGUGCUGGUUUUAAAUUUUGGGGAAAAACUCAAGCAACAUGAAUAAUGAGGUACAAGAAAAGGGAAGUAGACUUGCCUUUAUGAUUACUUCAUAUUUUGCUCUUGACUAUGUUUCAUAUUUUGCCUGAUUCUUACAGUUCAUUGUGAUCUUAAUUAAGGUGUUUUGAAGCUUAUGUGGAAGGUAUGGUGAUAUCCUUGUGGAGAAUUGCAGGUAUCGGCACCAAAAGUAAGACAGGUAUUUCAUGACAUUUAUGUGCCUCUAAAAAUGACAUUUUCAGGGACAAAACUUUAAGUUAGGUCUACUGUAUUUCAUCUAAAGGUUUUUGGCAGGAGAAAUACAAUGCUGGGAGUACAUAAAGGCCUUCAAAUGGUUCUUUUCAUGAUAAAAUGUUUUAAGUUUUCUAAUAGAAAAGUAAUCAGACGUCACUAAGAACAAAACACUUGAGUGGCCCUUUAACUAAGGUGGAUAAAUCAAUCAAGAAUCAAGCGAAAUGUGCUACUUGAAAAAUAUUAAACAUUAGGUGAAAUACAGUAUUUAGUGUACAUACAAGUGGUUGAAGUGAAUGUUUUAAUUGAAUUUUACGUUGGAGAUUGAUAAUAGAUUUAAUGGAUGGGGCGUACACGUAUUUGUAAUACAUAGUUAUAUCUAGUGAUUUUGGUUUUAUAGAUCUGUAUUUUGUGUCUAAAAAUCAUGAGACAUUUAGGUAAAUUUUUGCUGUAAAAUAUUUUUCUAAUCAAUCAAUCAGUCAAGGUAUUGAAGAGUUUAGAUCACUGCAUCUGUUAAACCCAUUAUGAUAUUAGUACAUGUAAUUUUCCAGCAUUCUGAUAUACAUGUGUUCUCAUGUGACUAGAUAUCGAAACAGUACACCUGUAAAUAGAAAUGAAGGUGUUCUAGAUAAGUAUUUACAACACAUUCCUUGUUACUAUUCUAAUAAUUGAUUAAACGUGUAGUUUUUAAGGGAAUAGCUCUAUCUUCAUGUUAAUCAUGACUAGUGUUCACAGGGUGGUUUGAUUGAUUGAUAAGUACAUGACAUGGUAGCAUCUUCACUGACUGCUGGCAUUUUGCACUGUAAAUGUUAGUAUCAGUUCUACUUAUAAGGAUGAUUGUGGCCGAGGGCAAAAUAUAUUCAACCGUAUUGGGCGUGACAUACACGAGAGCUUAAUGAGCGGAUCAACUGAACUGGUCGUAAGGAGUUGAUCCCCGUUUUCGGUGGUUUGUAGGACGUAACAAGUGAACGAUACAACAGCGUGUUGAAUCUGGAUGAUCCAAGUACUGCUGUUUUUGUGGUCAAAUUCUGAUCUCUCCAUUGAAACUUCAAAGUCGGCUUUCUGUUUGCACUUGGGGAAAUUAUAUUCCUAUUUAUAUGUAGGAUAAAUAUUAAGAUUAUUUUUCAUAAUCUGAUGCAUGAAAUGAACAGUGUUUUUUCAAACAGUGAGAAAUCAAGUUGGUGAUACAUUUUUGUGACACACGUGUCUUGCGCGUGCCUAACGUGGAUACCGUAUGUGACAGACGUAUCUAAAAUAGAACAAGUCUAUUUCAUAAGCCGCGCUCAGAUGAUGUGAUUUGUCGAAUACUACAGUCACAUGAAAUGUCACGUCCUAUUUUCAUUUGCUGCACAUGUGCAGUCACAGUACAUGUAUGUCUAACACACACGUAUUUUACACAUGCUCAAUGUAUGUAUGUAUGCGUAACUUGCAUAUGUUCAAUGUGUGUACUGUGUGUUUAUCUUGUUCUAAUGCACGUGUACUUUACAUACUGUGCUAUACAUGCACAGUGUUUGUGUAUCCAACAUGUACACUCUGCAACCUGUGUAUCUGACAUGCAAGUCGUACAAACUUGAACACAUACACGUAUUUUACCCAUAUCAUGUUUACAUGUUACUGUACUGAUUUUAUUGGUACUGGACAAAUGAAAUAUACACGUGUUCAUGUGAUGCCAGUUAGUGGUAGUGCCUGUACCUCACUUGAUAUACUGUACAGUAUUUGACCCAAAAUUUCGUGGAUGAUAACCUUAAUUUUUUCACCUUUUCAACCGCCUUUGCUCCAAUAUUUCGACUCAUUCAGAGCGAACUGUGGGGCAUAGAGAAACAAUUUGCACAGUUCCAUGAUACUUGUGUCAAAUUAUUUUUAGCAUCAUUUUCAUAAUAAUGAUAUGCAUAAGUGCCACAGAGAAAAGUGCUUUACUGGUUGAAAACAUUGACGAUUUCCAAUUUUAAAGUUACUCAUUUUGUCUGAUUCCGACAAAGGAAGGCAAGAUGAUAUUCCACAGUUUUCAGCUUCAAAAGUAAUAUGAUAUUUAUUUGCCUCUAGAAAUGUAUAUUUUGGGUGGAAAAUUUGGGUCAUUUACAGUAAUUAUCGAAUUACUGCAGUGUUAAUUACGUACCUGUAGCGAUUAUACCAUGAUUAUUAAAAGUUAUAUGACACCAGCAGACAAAUGUUGUAUUGCUGUAUAUAUACCCUGUGGUCAGUGAAAAACGUUUGACAACUCAGGGUGCAAACUUUGUGCUUAAAAUUUCGAAAAUGUAAAUUAAAAUUUUCCCCAAACAAAAAUGCUUCUUUAAAGGCCAGGUAAGCAAUCUGAUUUAUCAGUCGGUCAAGUCCGCCUUAAGCUACCUUUAAUAACUGUCAUCAUGUCAGUUAAUAUUUUAUAACAGGAGAUUCUACUAACAGAAGUCCGGUAGAUGCGUUUUAUGAAUAUGUGCAUGUAUAUUUAAGGUGUAAAUUGAUUUAGUCACUUCUGUAUUAUUUAUCCAUGCCCUUGUACAUAAAGGAGUACUUAUAUAGUAUAUGCUCUGUUUGAAUGGAUGCAUCUAGGUUUGUUUUAUAAAGGCCCGCCAGGGGAAAACCAGGACAGCAUUGCAUCAAAUUGUCUUAAGUCGUAAAUCUUGAAGUCGUGUGUUGUACAGGUUGGCACAAAAUAUAAAGGCAUAGUAAGGAGGAUGAGCAUCAUGUUAGGUUUCCACCCUGACCAGUGCUGAGGGAUUUAACCCAGAAAAUCCUACCUCCACUGCCAGUCAAUCAGCGUCGAUUCUGUAUUCCUUUCAUUACAUUAUAACAGGUCAUAAUGAGAAACUGUUGGGCAGUCGAUAUCAGGGAAUGUAAAAUGGAUCUGGGGCGGCAUGUGCGCACAUGUUGUAGACUUUUCCAGGAACUAGUCUUCCUUUUGAAGUAAUAUAAUAUCCUACCAUUAAGAUUCCACUAGACAGGGCUUCUCCAAACUUCAUGCAAGAUAUCAUCAAAUAUUCCCAUACACAUACCGGUUAUCUAUGCAGAUUGCCUUUCCUUUGUUGGUAUUCGUCUUUAGCUUUAGCCCAAGUUUAAAGUUUCGUCUUCCCUCCACGUCCAUUGCAAACUCCUCCCUAUCCCAAAUUCGUCUCUUGACUGUCUUUUCGACCACAGUUUUACCCUUGUUCCACGUCAAUUACACACUUUUCCCUAACCCAGAUUCGUCACUUUCCUCUGUCUUGUCUUACAGUCUUGCACUCCUUCCACGUACAUUACACACUCUUGUCUAACUCAAAGUCGAUUCUUGUUUUCGUCCGCAUCUAUACUUUCAUUCGCUAAUUACCUCAUUGCACGGCCGUAGACCAUUACCCAAAUUCUUUGCUUCCUAAUCCGUACGCAACACGUAAAAACAAUAUGUUAGAUAUUAUCUACACUUAAGGCCAUUCUUGCCUGUUAAUUCAGGCUUUCAAAAGUCAUUCGGACAUAUCUAAAUGUAAACUGAUUGUGUUAGUUGCAAGUAUCGUGUCCAUGCGUAAAUUCGUGAUCUUGCCGUCUUUAUUGCUUUGGUUGUGUCUGGAAUCAUAUUUUCUUUAUAUUCGGGAUAGUCUAUUAUAUACGGUAACACAUUGUGUUUGGUGAUAAAAAUGUUGUCAAGUUUUGA